AUGGCGUACCAUGUUAAAAAUCCGGCGGCCACAGCGGCCGCUUACAACGGCAUUGGGUUGACCAGUUCUGUCGAUUUACUCCACCCUUCACCAGUCGGAUACCCACCUCACGCUCCAAUCCGAUUGGACAAGUACCGAGCUGACGACUGGGACUCUCAAAUGCUUGAAGACUCGUGGUACUCGACCGCGAAUUGUCACCCCGGUGGAGGUCCUGCGCCUCGUAAGCAACGUCGUGAACGAACAACAUUUACUCGUGCCCAACUGGACGUUCUCGAAUCGCUGUUUUCAAAGACGAGGUAUCCUGACAUCUUCAUGCGUGAAGAGGUUGCGCUCAAAAUCAAUCUCCCUGAAAGCCGAGUCCAAGUCUGGUUCAAGAAUCGUCGAGCCAAAUGCAGACAACAGAGGCAGCAGACCCAAUCUCAGGCUCAGUCAGCCGGAAGUAAUGGCACUUCUGGAAAAUCGGUCCGUGUAAAAAAAUCUAAAUCCCCUCCACCGUCGGCCACGGCCCUCUCCAUGAGUCCCGCUAGAGGUGCUUCGCCGUACAAACCUCCCGCUCUCGCAAUGACGCCCCCGAUCGGACCCAUCACAGCUUUGAGCAAUGCAGCUUCCAUGGCAAAUGGGAUUUCGAUUUGGUCGCCUGCAUCGUGUGAUUUUGGAAACGCUCCACCUGUUCAACGAAGUCCAAUGAGUCCGCCCAUGGGUGUCGGGGUUCCGAUGAGUGCGACUCAUUACGCUCUUCCUCAAAACAGCAAUACUCCGCCUGCCCCCGGCUAUCCACCCUCAGCUUACACUGCGGGUUCUUACUACUCUAACUGCAUAAACUUGGACUAUCUAGCGCCUUCGUCAGCCUCUCCGCGGAGCACAGAUUCUCCCUACAACAAAUCAAGCAAUUUCUCCCCGGCGCCUCCUACAUCGACGCCAUAUCAACUUUCUCAACAGAAUUUCGCUACACUGCAAAGCUACCCGUCCUCGACGCCUCCUACGUCCGGUUCGAACUACUACUCGAACAUCUCCUAA